CAUUUCUCCCACGCCACUCUUGCUCGCAUUAUAACAUUUUUUUUGUGACAUACGAGGCUCUUUUCCCCCCUUCCUCUUUCUUGUUUCUCCGUGUCUCCCUUUUCUGCUGUUCAACUUAAAUUCUAUUUCCGCCGCGUUUCCCCGCCGAACCAGCGCCAUCGAUCUAGACACGACGACAUCUUCUCCUCCCGACCCGUGGCUCGCCUGCCCUCGAUCUAAACCCGAGAAUCUCCCUACAGCCUCCUUCUAGCCCAGCAGCAGCUUGUUAUCCGCCUCCUACUCCGCCAUGUCGGUCGAAAUCGAGCCCCUUGAGCUGUCAUUUAGACGGCCCUUUACUGUCGAGGUCUCGCAGAUCUUGAAGAUCAAAAACCCAAGCUCAUCGCCCUUGGCCUUCAAGGUUAAAACUACGGCUCCUAAGCAAUAUUGUGUUCGACCAAAUGCGGGCCGUAUCGAGCCUGGGCAGGACUUUGAUGUCACUGUCCUCCUGCAGGCCAUGAAGGCUGAUCCUCCGCUGGAUGCCAAGUGCCGAGACAAGUUUCUCGUCCAAUCCGCCCCCAUCACUCCCGACAAGGAAUUCGCUCCCAUUGCCUCAGUGCUCGAGUCUACAGACAAGGCCGCCAUAUUUGAACGAAAGAUCCGAGUCAACUGGCUUGCUGCCGGCGACAGCCCCGACCAUGGCCCCAGUGCAGCUCUCGCAGUUGCGACACCCAUCAAACAAGCAGCGGUGAAUGGAUCUUACGACACUCCCGAACCUACUCGAGCUUAUUCAUCUCCAAGCGGCGAAGGAACCCCCGCACCACCCCCGUAUGACGAAAAGGACGACGACGACUCCAGGCCCCAAACCGCAAAGUCGGCCGCUUCCAAGACUGCUUCUGCCGUUGCCGGCACACUGCAGUCAGGCACCGACGAGCUCAAGGCCAAGAUUGCCCAGCUUGAAGCUGAGUUGGCAAACUACAAGAAUGGCGGCCUGAGACAGCGUAACGUCAAGGGUAGCUCAGGCAGUGAGAAGGGUGCUUCCGGUGCAGUUGCUCAACAAACCAAGCAAGGCGUCGAGGGUGUGCCCGUUCAAAUUGCUGCUAUUUUAUGUCUCGUCAGCUUCCUUCUUGCCUACAUCUUUUUCUAAAAUUUAGGCCUAUCUUGAUGAUGAGCAACACGCAACUUUGUGUUUUUUUUCCCUAAUCUGAUAGAGGCGAGAGGCAUGAGAGGAGGAUCAAUUAUAGGAGUUAUACCUGCUGCAUUGGAGAAGCAUCGCUGCCUAACACUGGAUGCCUGAUUUUGAAAAAUACAUGUCCAACGGCAAUAUUCAGUCUUGAUGACGACAGACAGGGCUUCUUUUGGGCGCAUAAUCGUCACCAUUCUACGUAGUGGAAUGUGGGAUAACGGCGGCGCAUUCACCUUAGGGGACGGGGGUUUUUGAUUUUUUUUGCUUGUACGAAAGUUGAGAAAGGAAAAAAGCUGUGCGAGAGCCAUGGGUAGGAAGUGCGCAGUAAUGGGAUUCAUGGCAUACUUUCCGUAUAUCUUGGGCAAAGAAUACGGUUGGCUGUGGAGGAAGCAGGGCUAGCAUCACUGACGUUUGACCUCUCGAAGCUAUUUUUGAGUGAGUCGAGCUUUGUGUCGCGAGUUCUCUGUACUUUAACUCUUUUUUUUGUCUUUGUUUUUUAUUUGUUUUCUUGGCAAUAGUUUCUAGUAUCUGAUAGGCGUGCCUUUGAUCCUUGUUCUUCUUCCCUUUUUCCUGUUCUUUUUAAGUCUUAUUGAUUAAGCAGUUUCGAAUGAGAAUUAUUGCCAGAGUCGACGGU